GUGGGGCAGCCCUCAUUCUGCCGCCAUCUUUGUGUGGGGCGGCGGUUCUGUCGCGCAGUCCUGGGACUCCGCAGUGGGUCUGCCGGAGAUGGAUCUGGUGGAGAGCUCUCGGUGUCUGUUCUGGCUGCUGCUGCUACUCCUAGCCCCCGUGCAGGGCCGCCAGAAGGAGUCAGGUUCAAAAUGGAAAGUAUUUAUUGACCAAAUUAACAGGGCUUUGGAGAAUUAUGAACCAUGUUCAAGUCAAAACUGCAGCUGCUACCAGGGUGUCAUAGAAGAAGAUCUGACUCCUUUCCGAGGUGGCAUCACCAGGAAGAUGAUGGCAGAGGUAGUUAGCCGAAAGUUAGGAACCCACUAUCAGAUCAUUAAGAACAGAUUAUACCGAGAAGAUGACUGCAUGUUUCCCUCCAGGUGCAGUGGUGUUGAGCACUUCAUUUUGGAAGUCAUUAGGCAACUCCCUGACAUGGAGAUGGUGAUCAAUGUACGCGAUUAUCCCCAAGUUCCUAGAUGGAUGGAGCCUACCAUCCCAGUCUUCUCCUUCAGUAAGACAUCAGAGUACCACGAUAUCAUGUAUCCCGCUUGGACAUUUUGGGAAGGAGGACCUGCUGUUUGGCCAAUUUAUCCUACAGGUCUUGGACGAUGGGACCUCUUCAGAGAAGAUCUGGUAAGGUCAGCAGCACAGUGGCCAUGGAAAAAGAAAAAUUCUACAGCGUAUUUCCGAGGAUCAAGGACAAGUCCAGAACGGGAUCCUCUUAUUCUUCUAUCGCGGAAAAAUCCAAAACUUGUCGAUGCAGAGUACACCAAAAACCAAGCCUGGAAAUCUAUGAAAGAUACCUUGGGAAAACCAGCGGCUAAAGAUGUCCAUCUUGUGGACCACUGCAAAUACAAGUAUCUGUUUAAUUUUCGGGGUGUAGCUGCAAGUUUCCGCUUCAAACACCUCUUCCUGUGUGGUUCACUUGUUUUCCAUGUUGGCAGUGCAUGGGUAGAAUUCUUCUAUCCACAGCUGAAGCCAUGGGUUCACUAUAUACCAGUCAAAACAGAUCUCUCCAAUGUCCAGGAACUUUUGCAGUUUGUAAAAGCAAAUGAUGAUAUAGCUCAAGAAAUUGCUGAAAGGGGAAGCCAGUUUAUUAUAAAUCACUUGCAGAUGGAUGAUGUCACGUGUUACUGGGAGAAACUCUUGACUGAAUACUCUAAAUUCCUGUCCUAUAAUGUAACACGAAGGAAAGGCUAUGAUCAGGUUAUUUCCAGAAUUUUGAAAACUGAACUGUAGCGGUCAUAGGACCGGAGUCCUCUGUGUGGCUGCAGAUCUCAGCUGUCCUGUGGUGAAAAGCUUCCUGCAAGCAUGGCACCAGAACCUUGAACACCCUUCAUCAAGCUAAGCAUCUGCUUUUCCUCAUGCUGCACCCACAGCGAGUCUUAAGUCUUGGGGGAGAUCUAAAAUGUGUGUAACACACAGAUAUGAAGCACCUCAACUUGGGCUGAGAAAGGACAAGAAGUCCUGAGAUGUGGGUUUUGAACUGGAUUUUACCUUCCAUUUUCUAAUGACAAGUCACAGCUUGUGCCUCGGAUCAGCUACGUGUACAUGUGCGUCACUGUGAAAUCGAGUGUGUCCGUGUGUUGAUGCCUUUUGUUUCAUCACUCAGAUCUGGUAUAGCUCAUUGCCAUGACUCUUUUAAGUUAUUCUAGGCUUCAUCUUUGCUCCUUUAUUUUAUUGUAGAAAUUCUGUGGGAUUUGGGAAAAUGCCUGGACCUCAGUUCCUAAAAGGUCUAAGGAAGCAGUGGCUGUGUCAUGCGAUGACAUAGGACUUCUUUUUGUAAAAGUAUAAACUCUGGUAUGCAGGGGGUUUGUAUAGUGCCACAUAGAAAGGCCCGGUUGCCUGAGUAAUUGUUGCAGUUGCAUUUCAAGGUCCUAUUCUGUGCCUUCCCACCCCUCUUUUUAUUCUCUCUCUGAAGGACACAAAAAACUUGUUAAUAAAUUUAGGAAGUGGUGAUCUUCACUCUUUAAAAGAACUCUGCUUAAAAGAGCAGCUCUUCUUCACCCUUUGCACAUCUUAAUAUUUUUUCUUAUUAAAUUGAUAGAAACAGGGCAGGCUCGGUUUUACGCAGGGAUCACAUGGAGUCUCUGUGUGAACACAUCAUUAAGAUGGUAAUUUAGAGCACCCAGCUUUUACAUUCACUUAUAUAUAUUUUAGUUGUUUAGGUCCUUUCUUUUGCUCUCUUCCCCCGUUUUGAAAAUGACAUUUGGAUAGUAGUUUAUUCUACCAGAUGUUCUCUCUUAAUAGUUAAAAACUCAAGAAAUAUGUUUAGAUUAAAACUCUAGUUCAGUGACUUAGAACCAUUCUCAUCUCUUACGUUCAACAUUUCUUUUUUUUUUUUU